AUGAUUAAGCAUACAAAAAAAACUGUUAUGGGUAGUCAGGCCUGGGAGCUUGUUGUUCGCAUCCGAGACUACUUUGAAAGAGAACUACAAAAUAAUGGACCUUUGUUACCAUUGAAUCGAAUUGUGGAACGAGUAGCCGAAGCUCUAGAUAUUGGCCGCAAUACUGUUUCGCGUAUAACACGUGAGAAAAUUGGCCAAGAAGGGAUGUCUGAAAAUAAAUUAUCGACAUUCGAUACCCAACAAAAAAACGGACCAAGGUGA